AUGAAAAACGAUAUUAAUGUGAAUUUCAUAAAUACUUAAAAACUCUUUUGUUAACGAUUAAGCAUAAAUAAUUUAAAUAAAUUUUUCUCAAAGUCGACUAAGCCACUAGUGAAAAUGGUAAGCCUAUUUCAUCCCUAUAAACAUCAUAGAUUCAAGAGCCAUAAAUUAAUCCUCAAUUAGCCCCAGUCAUUGCUAAGCAAUUGCAAAUGAUCAUCAAAUAACCAAUUGAUGGUAAUUUUAUAUCUUAUUCCACCAAUAGGAGUCCAUGUAAUUUUCAACGAAUAAGAUGUUUUUGACAUUUAAGCAGAUAUUGAUGGUCCAGGUAAAUACAUCCUCUUAAUUUUAGUUGACACUCCAUUCUAAGGAGGUGUUUUUAGAUGCAAACUGAUUUUGCCACCCCAAUUCCCCUAGAUGGCACCUAAAGGUAGACCAAACUAAUUAAGUUAGGCUUAUUUAAUACCAAAAUCUUCCAUCCAAAUGUGUCAGAAAAGGGAGAGAUUUGUGUCAAUACUUUAAAGAAAGAUUGGAAUCCUCUUUAAUGGUCAUUAAAAAACAUCUUUGAAGUUAUUAAGUGUUUGUUAAUCGUCCCCUUUCCAGAAAGUUCCUUAAAUGAAGAAGCUGGAAAACUAUUUAUGGAAAACUAUGACGAAUAUUUUAAAAGAGCCAAAUUGCUAACAAAUAUAUAUGCAUUGAAGUAGGAGGCAAACAUUUUAAAAGGAAACAAUUAAGUACAUUAUCCAUAUAGAUUUUCAGAUCGUUAUUGACGAAGCUGAUAAAAAAAAUAAAGUAACCUAAACCUAACAGAAAAAAGAAAAUGAUUAGAAGAAGUGGCUCAAAAGAAUAUGAAUACUUAUUAUUACAAAUGAUAUAAAAAUUAUUAAAU